GUUUUGUCUGACUGACUCUGCUCACUCACCGACAUGGCUCUUCAUCUCAGAGUUCUUCUCCUCAUCACCGGACUCACAGGAAUUCACUGCAUAACAACAGUCAGUGAAGUGUCAGUGAAGGCCGGAGAUUCAAUCUCCAUCCCAUGUCUCUAUAGUUUACAGUACAUGAACCAUGUGAAAUACUUGUGUGAAGGAUAUUAUUGGUCCUCCUGCUCAUAUGCAGUUAAUACAAACCAACAAAAUUCAGGAAAGUUUUCAAUCUCUGAUGACAAAAACCAAAGAAUCUACACUGUGACUAUAAAAGAUCUGACGGAUGAGGACACUGACUACUGGUGUGCUGUGGAGAUUAACGGAGGGUCAGAUGUCAGAGAGUAUUUUCACCUGUCGGUCACCAGAGGUAUGCCCAGUCUCUAUGUGGAUCAUCAGGAGAUUACAGGAUUUAAAGGAGAUAAUAUAACCAUAAAUUGUCACAGUAACUCUGGAGAAAGUGCGUGGUGCAGGCUUGGCAGCUCCUGUGUGACGACAUCAUCUGGAUCAAUAGAUGGAACAAGAGUGACCAGCAAUGCAAGUGUCCCCAAUGUUUUCACUGUGACUAUGAGUGGACUGAGGACAGAGAGCAGCGGCUGGUAUUGGUGUGCUAAAGGAGACUUACAGAUGCCAGUACAUGUAACUGUUACUGAGCAACCUGCCACUAGAAUUCACAGCAUAACAACAGUCAAUGAAGUGUCAGUGAAGGCUGGAGAUUCAAUCUCCAUCCCAUGUCUCUAUGACUCACAGUACAUGAACCAUGUAAAAUACUUGUGUAAAGGAUAUUACAGGAAGUUCUGCUCUUAUGCAGUUACAACAAACCAACAAAAUUCAGAAAAGUUUUCAAUCUCUGAUGACAAAAGCCAAAGAAUCUUCACUGUGACUAUAAAGGAUCUGACAGAUGAGGACACUGAUUACUGGUGUGCUGUGAAGAUUGAUGGAGGGCUAGAUGUCGGAGAGUAUUUUCACCUGUCAGUCACCAGAGGUACGCCCAGUCUCUAUGUGGAUCAUCAGGAGAUUACAGGAUUUAAAGGAGAUAGUAUAACCAUCAAUUGUCACAGUAACUCUGGAGAAAUUGCGUGGUGCAGGCUGGGCAGCUCCUGUGUGACGACGUCGUCUGGACCAAUAGAUGGAACAAGAGUGACCACCAAUGCAAGUGUCCCCAAUGUUUUCACUGUGACUAUGAGUGGACUGAGGACAGAGAGCAGCGGCUGGUAUUGGUGUGCUAAAGGAGACCUACAGAUGCCAGUACAUGUAACUGUUACUGAGCAACCUGCCAAUAGAAUUCACAGCAUAACAACAGUCAAUGAAGUGUCAGUGAAGGCUGGAGACUCAAUCUCCAUCCCAUGUCUCUAUGACUCACAGUACAAGAACCAUGUGAAAUACUUGUUUAAAGGAAAUUAUUGGUCCUCCUGCUCUUAUGUAGUUAAAACAAACCAACAAAAUUCAGGAAAGUUUUCAAUCUCUGACGACAAAAGUCGAAGAAUCUUCACUGUGACUAUAAAAGAUGUGACGGAUAAAGACACUGAUUAUUACUGGUGUGUUGUGGAGAUUAAUAAUGGGCCAGAUGUCGGAGAGAAGUUUCACCUUUCCGUCACCAGAGGUACGCCCAGUCUCUAUGUGGAUCAUCAGGAGAUUACAGGAUUUAAAGGACAUACUAUAACCAUAAACUGUCACUAUCGUAACUCUGGAGAAAUUGCGUGGUGCAGGCUGGGCAGCUCCUGUGUGACGACGUCGUCUGGAUCAAUAGAUGGAACAAGAGUGACCAUCAAUGCAAAUGUCCCCAAUGUUUUCACUGUGACUAUGAGUGGACUGAGGACAGAGAGCAGCGGCUGGUAUUGGUUUGCUAAAGGAAGCUUACAGAUGCCAGUACAUGUAACUGUUACUGAGCAACCUGCCACUAGAAUUCACACCAUAACAACAGUCAGUGAAGUGUCAGUGAAGGCUGGAGAUUCGGUCACUAUCCCAUGUCUCUAUGACUCACAGCACAUGAACCAUGUGAAAUACUUCUGUAAAGGAUAUUAUUGGGAUUACUGCUCUUAUGCAGUUACAACAAACCAACAAAAUUCAGGAAAGUUUUCAAUCUCUGAUGACAAAAAGCAAAGAAUCUUCACUGUGACGAUAAAAGAUCUGACGGAUGAGGACGUUGAUUACUGGUGUGCUGUGGAGAUUGAUAGAGGGCUAGAUGUCGGAGAGUAUUUUCACCUGUCGGUCACCAGAGGUACGCCCAGUCUCUAUGUGGAUCAUCAGGAGAUUACAGGAUUUAAAGGACAUAGUAUAACCAUCAAUUGUCACUAUCGUAACUCUGGAGAAAAUGCGUGGUGCAGGCCGGACGUCUUCUGUGUGAAUACGUCGUCUGGAUCAAUGGAUGGAACAAGAGUGACCAUCAGUAGGAGUGUCCCCAAUGUUUUCACUGUGACAAUGAGUGGACUGAGGACAGGGAGCAGCAGCUGGUAUUGGUGUGUUAAAGGAAACUUACAGAUGCCAGUACAUGUAACUGUUACUGAGCAACCUGCCACUAGAAUUCACAGCAUGACAGUCAGUGAAGUGUCAGGGAAGGCUGGAGAUUCAAUCUCCAUCCCAUGUCUCUAUUACUUACAGCACAUGAACCAUGUGAAAUACUUCUGUAAAGGAAAUCAUUGGUCCUCCUGCUCUGAUGUAGUUAAAACAAACCAACCAAGUAGUUCAGGAAAGUUUUCAAUCUCUGAUGACAAAAGCAGAGGAAUCUUCACUGUGACUAUAAAAGAUCUGACUGAUGAGGACACUGAUGAUUACUGGUGUGCUGUGGAGAUUGAUGACGGGCCACAUGACGGAGAGAAGUUUCACCUUUCGGUCACCAGAGAUACGCCCAGUCUCUAUGUGGAUCAUCAGGAGAUUACAGGAUAUAAAGGAUAUAGUAUAACCAUCAACUGUCACUAUCAUAACCCUGGAGAAAUUGCGUGGUGCGGGAGCAGCUCCUGUGUGACAACGUCGUCUGAAUUAAUAGAUGGAACAAGAGUAACCAUCAGUAGGAGUGUCCCCAAUGUUUUCACUGUGACUAUGAGUGAACUGAUGACAGAGAGCAGCGGCUGGUAUAUGUGUGUUAAAGGAGACUUACAGAUGCCAGUACAUGUAACUGUUACUGAGCCACCUGCCACUAGAAUUCACAGCAUAACAACAGUCAGUGGAGUGUCAGUGAAGGCUGGAGAUUCAAUCUCCAUCCCAUGUCUCUAUGACUCACAGUACAAGAACCAUGUGAAAUACUUCUGUAAAGGAAAUCAUUGGUCCUCCUGCUCUGAUGCAGUUAAAACAAACCAACCAAGUAGUUCAGGAAAGUUUUCAAUCGCUGAUGACAAAAGCAGAGGAAUCUUCACUGUGACUAUAAAAGAUCUGACGGAUAAAGACGGUGAUGAUUACUGGUGUGCUGUGGAGAUUGAUGACAGGCCACAUGACGGAGAGAAGUUUCACCUUUCGGUCACCAGAGAUACGCCCAGUCUCUAUGUGGAUCAUCAGGAGAUUACAGGAUAUAAAGGAUAUAGUAUAACCAUCAAUUGUCACUAUCAUAACUCUGGAGAAAGUGCGUGGUGCAGGCUGGGCAGCUCCUGUGUGACGACGUCGUCUGGAUCAAUAGAUGGAACAAGAGUGACCAUCAGUAGGAGUGUCCCCAAUGUUUUCACUGUGACUAUGAGUGAACUGAGGACAGAGAGCAGCGGCUGGUAUUGGUGUCUUAAAGGAGACUUACAGAUGCCAGUACAUUUAACUGUUACUGAGCAACCUGCCAAUAGAAUUCACACCAUAACAACAGUCAGUGAAGUGUCAGUGAAGGCUGGAGAUUCAAUCUCCAUCCCAUGUCUCUAUGACUCACAGCACAUGAACCAUGUGAAAUACUUCUGUAAAGGAAAUCAUUGGUCCUCCUGCUCUGAUGCAGUUAAAUCAAACCAACCAAGUAAUUCAGGAAAGUUUUCAGUCUCUGUUGACAAAAGCAGAGGAAUCUUCACUGUGACUAUAAAAGAUGUGACGGAUAAAGACGCUGAUGAUUACUGGUGUGCUGUGGAGAUUGAUGACGGGCCACAUGACGGAGAGAAGUUUCACCUUUCGGUCACCAGAGAUACGCCCAGUCUCUAUGUGGAUCAUCAGGAGAUUACAGGAUAUAAAGGAUAUAGUAUAACCAUCAAUUGUCACUAUCAUAACUCUGGAGAAAGUGCGUGGUGCAGGCUGGGCAGCUCCUGUGUGACGACGUCGUCUGGAUUAAUAGAUGGAACAAGAGUGACCAUCAGUAGGAGUGUCCCCAAUGUUUUCACUGUGACUAUGAGUGAACUGAUGACAGAGAGCAGCGGCUGGUAUUGGUGUCUUAAAGGAGACUUACAGAUGCCAGUACAUGUAACUGUUACUGAGCAACCUGCCAAUAGAAUUCACACCAUAACAACAGUCAGUGGAGUGUCAGGGAAGGCUGGAGAUUCGGUCACUAUCCCAUGUCUCUAUGACUCACAGCACAUGAACCAUGUGAAAUACUUCUGUAAAGGAAAUCAUUGGUCCUCCUGCUCUGAUGCAGUUAAAUCAAACCAACCAAGUAGUUCAGGAAAGUUUUCAGUCUCUGUUGACAAAAGCAGAGGAAUCUUCACUGUGACUAUAAAAGAUGUGACGGAUAAAGACGCUGAUGAUUACUGGUGUGCUGUGGAGAUUGAUGAAAGGCCACAUGACGGAGAGAAGUUUCACCUUUCGGUCACCAGAGAUACACCCGGUCUCUAUGUGGAUCAGCAGGAGAUUACAGGAUAUAAAGGAUAUAGUAUAACCAUCAAUUGUCACUAUCAUAACCCUGGAGAAAGUGCGUGGUGCAGGGGCAGCUCCUGUGUGACGACGUCGUCUGGAUCAAUAGAUGGAACAAAAGUAACCAUCAGUAGGAGUGUCCCCAAUGUUUUCACUGUGACUAUGAGUGAACUGAUGACAGAGAGCAGCGGCUGGUAUAUGUGUGUUAAAGGAGACUUACAGAUGCCAGUACAUGUAACUGUUACUGAGCAACCUGCCGAUAGAAUUCACACCAUAACAACAGUCAGUGAAGUGUCAGUGAAGGCUGGAGAUUCAAUCUCCAUCCCAUGUCUCUAUGACUCACAGCACAUGAACCAUGUGAAAUACUUCUGUAAAGGAAAUCAUUGGUCCUCCUGCUCUGAUGCAGUUAAAUCAAACCAACCAAGUAAUUCAGGAAAGUUUUCAGUCUCUGUUGACAAAAGCAGAGGAAUCUUCACUGUGACUAUAAAAGAUGUGACGGAUAAAGACGCUGAUGAUUACUGGUGUGCUGUGGAGAUUGAUGACAGGCCACAUGACGGAGAGAAGUUUCACCUUUCGGUCACCAGAGAUACGCCCAGUCUCUAUGUGGAUCAUCAGGAGAUUACAGGAUAUAAAGGAUAUAGUAUAACCAUCAAUUGUCACUAUCAUAACUCUGGAGAAAGUGCGUGGUGCAGGCUGGGCAGCUCCUGUGUGACGACGUCGUCUGGAUCAAUAGAUGGAACAAGAGUGACCAUCAGUAGGAGUGUCCCCAAUGUUUUCACUGUGACUAUGAGUGAACUGAGGACAGAGAGCAGCGGCUGGUAUUGGUGUCUUAAAGGAGACUUACAGAUGCCAGUACAUUUAACUGUUACUGAGCAACCUGCCAAUAGAAUUCACACCAUAACAACAGUCAGUGGAGUGUCAGGGAAGGCUGGAGAUUCGGUCACUAUCCCAUGUCUCUAUGACUCACAGCACAUGAACCAUGUGAAAUACUUCUGUAAAGGAAAUCAUUGGUCCUCCUGCUCUGAUGCAGUUAAAUCAAACCAACCAAGUAGUUCAGGAAAGUUUUCAGUCUCUGUUGACAAAAGCAGAGGAAUCUUCACUGUGACUAUAAAAGAUGUGACGGAUAAAGACGCUGAUGAUUACUGGUGUGCUGUGGAGAUUGAUGAAAGGCCACAUGACGGAGAGAAGUUUCACCUUUCGGUCACCAGAGAUACACCCGGUCUCUAUGUGGAUCAGCAGGAGAUUACAGGAUAUAAAGGAUAUAGUAUAACCAUCAAUUGUCACUAUCAUAACCCUGGAGAAAGUGCGUGGUGCAGGGGCAGCUCCUGUGUGACGACGUCGUCUGGAUCAAUAGAUGGAACAAAAGUAACCAUCAGUAGGAGUGUCCCCAAUGUUUUCACUGUGACUAUGAGUGAACUGAUGACAGAGAGCAGCGGCUGGUAUAUGUGUGUUAAAGGAGACUUACAGAUGCCAGUACAUGUAACUGUUACUGAGCAACCUGCCGAUAGAAUUCACACCAUAACAACAGUCAGUGAAGUGUCAGUGAAGGCUGGAGAUUCAAUCUCCAUCCCAUGUCUCUAUGACUCACAGCACAUGAACCAUGUGAAAUACUUCUGUAAAGGAAAUCAUUGGUCCUCCUGCUCUGAUGCAGUUAAAUCAAACCAACCAAGUAAUUCAGGAAAGUUUUCAGUCUCUGUUGACAAAAGCAGAGGAAUCUUCACUGUGACUAUAAAAGAUGUGACGGAUAAAGACGCUGAUGAUUACUGGUGUGCUGUGGAGAUUGAUGACAGGCCACAUGACGGAGAGAAGUUUCACCUUUCGGUCACCAGAGAUACGCCCAGUCUCUAUGUGGAUCAUCAGGAGAUUACAGGAUAUAAAGGAUAUAGUAUAACCAUCAAUUGUCACUAUCAUAACUCUGGAGAAAGUGCGUGGUGCAGGCUGGGCAGCUCCUGUGUGACGACGUCGUCUGGAUCAAUAGAUGGAACAAGAGUGACCAUCAGUAGGAGUGUCCCCAAUGUUUUCACUGUGACUAUGAGUGAACUGAGGACAGAGAGCAGCGGCUGGUAUUGGUGUCUUAAAGGAGACUUACAGAUGCCAGUACAUUUAACUGUUACUGAGCAACCUGCCAAUAGAAUUCACACCAUAACAACAGUCAGUGGAGUGUCAGGGAAGGCUGGAGAUUCGGUCACUAUCCCAUGUCUCUAUGACUCACAGCACAUGAACCAUGUGAAAUACUUCUGUAAAGGAAAUCAUUGGUCCUCCUGCUCUGAUGCAGUUAAAUCAAACCAACCAAGUAGUUCAGGAAAGUUUUCAGUCUCUGUUGACAAAAGCAGAGGAAUCUUCACUGUGACUAUAAAAGAUGUGACGGAUAAAGACGCUGAUGAUUACUGGUGUGCUGUGGAGAUUGAUGACAGGCCACAUGACGGAGAGAAGUUUCACCUUUCGGUCACCAGAGAUACGCCCAGUCUCUAUGUGGAUCAUCAGGAGAUUACAGGAUAUAAAGGAUAUAGUAUAACCAUCAAUUGUCACUAUCAUAACUCUGGAGAAAGUGCGUGGUGCAGGCUGGGCAGCUCCUGUGUGACGACGUCGUCUGGAUUAAUAGAUGGAACAAGAGUGACCAUCAGUAGGAGUGUCCCCAAUGUUUUCACUGUGACUAUGAGUGAACUGAUGACAGAGAGCAGCGGCUGGUAUUGGUGUCUUAAAGGAGACUUACAGAUGCCAGUACAUGUAACUGUUACUGAGCAACCUGCCAAUAGAAUUCACACCAUAACAACAGUCAGUGGAGUGUCAGGGAAGGCUGGAGAUUCGGUCACUAUCCCAUGUCUCUAUGACUCACAGCACAUGAACCAUGUGAAAUACUUCUGUAAAGGAAAUCAUUGGUCCUCCUGCUCUGAUGCAGUUAAAACAAACCAACCAAGUAGUUCAGGAAAGUUUUCAAUCUCUGAUGACAAAAGCAGAGGAAUCUUCACUGUGACUAUAAAAGAUGUGACUGAUGAGGACACUGAUGAUUACUGGUGUGCUGUGGAGAUUGAUGACGGGCCACAUGACGGAGAGAAGUUUCACCUUUCGGUCACCAGAGAUACGCCCAGUCUCUAUGUGGAUCAUCAGGAGAUUACAGGAUAUAAAGGAUAUAGUAUAACCAUCAAUUGUCACUAUCAUAACUCUGGAGAAAGUGCGUGGUGCAGGCUGGGCAGCUCCUGUGUGACGACGUCGUCUGGAUUAAUAGAUGGAACAAGAGUGACCAUCAGUAGGAGUGUCCCCAAUGUUUUCACUGUGACUAUGAGUGAACUGAUGACAGAGAGCAGCGGCUGGUAUUGGUGUCUUAAAGGAGACUUACAGAUGCCAGUACAUUUCACUGUUACUGAGCAACCUGCCAAUAGAAUUCACACCAUAACAACAGUCAGUGAAGUGUCAGUGAAGGCUGGAGAUUCAAUCUCCAUCCCAUGUCUCUAUGACUCACAGCACAAGAACCAUGUGAAAUACUUCUGUAAAGGAAAUCAUUGGUCCUCCUGCUCUGAUGCAGUUAAAACAAACCAACCAAGUAGUUCAGGAAAGUUUUCAAUCUCUGAUGACAAAAGCAGAGGAAUCUUCACUGUGACUAUGAAAGAUGUGACGGAUAAAGACGCUGAUGAUUAUUGGUGUGCUGUGGAGAUUGAUGACAGGCCACAUGACGGAGAGAAGUUUCACCUUUCGGUCACCAGAGAUACGCCCGGUCUCUAUGUGGAUCAUCAGGAGAUUACCGGAUAUAAAGGAUAUAGUAUAACCAUCAAUUGUCACUAUCAUAACCCUGGAGAAAGUGCGUGGUGCAGGGGCAGCUCCUGUGUGACGACGUCGUCUGGAUCAAUAGAUGGAACAAGAGUAACCAUCAGUAGGAGUGUCCCCAAUGUUUUCACUGUGACUAUGAGUGAACUGAGGACAGAGAGCAGCGGCUGGUAUAUGUGUGUUAAAGGAGACUUACAGAUGCCAGUACAUGUAACUGUUACUGAGCAACCUGCCAAUAGAAUUCACACCAUAACAACAGUCAGUGAAGUGUCAGUGAAGGCUGGAGAUUCAAUCUCCAUCCCAUGUCUCUAUGACUCACAGCACAUGAACCAUGUGAAAUACUUCUGUAAAGGAAAUCAUUGGUCCUCCUGCUCUGAUGUAAUUAAAACAAACCAACCAAGUAGUUCAGGAAAGUUUUCAAUCUCUGAUGACAAAAGCAGAGGAAUCUUCACUGUGACUAUGAAAGAUCUGACGGAUAAAGACGCUGAUGAUUACUGGUGUGCUGUGGAGAUUGAUGAAAGGCCACAUGACGGAGAGAAGUUUCACCUUUCGGUCACCAGAGAUACGCCCAGUCUCUAUGUGGAUCAUCAGGAGAUUACCGGAUUUGAAGGAGGUGAUAUAACCAUCAAUUGUCACUAUCAUAACUCUGGAGAAAGUGCGUGGUGCAGGGGCAGCUCCUGUGUGAACACGUCGUCUGGAUUAAUAGAUGGAACAAGAGUGACCAUCAGUAGGAGUGUCCCCAAUGUUUUCACUGUGACUAUGAGUGAACUGAUGACAGAGAGCAGCGGCUGGUAUAUGUGUGCUAAAGGAAACUUACAGAUGCCAGUACAUGUAAAUGUUACUGAGCAACCUGCCAAUAGAAUUCACAGCAUAACAACAGUCAGUGGAGUUUCAGUGAAGGCUGGAGAUUCAAUCUCCAUCCCAUGUCUCUAUGACUCACAGUACAUGAACCAUGUGAAAUACUUCUGUAAAGGACAUUUUUUGUCCUCCUGCUCUUAUGCAGUUAAAACAAACCAACCAAGUAGUUCAGGAAAGUUUUCAAUCUCUGAUGACAAAAACAGAGGAAUCUUCACUGUGACUAUAAAAGAUCUGACUGAUGAGGACACUGAUUAUUACUGGUGUGCUGUGGAGAUUGAUGACGGGCCACAUGACGGAGAGAAGUUUCACCUUUCGGUCACCAGAGGUACGCCCAGUCUCUAUGUGGAUCAUCAGGAGAUUACAGGAUUUAAAGGACAUAGUAUAACCAUAAAUUGUCACUAUCGUAACUCUGGAGAAAUUGCGUGGUGCAGGCUGGGCAGCUCCUGUGUGAAUACGUCGUCUGGAUCAAUGGAUGGAACAAGAGUAAACAUCAAUGCAAAUGUCCCCAAUGUUUUCACUGUGACUAUGAGUGGACUGAGGACAGAGAGCAGCGGCUGGUAUUGGUGUCUUAAAGGAGACUUACAGAUGCCAGUACAUGUAACUGUUACUGAGCAACCUGCCAAUACCACUCUUACAGCAACAAGCCAUUUAACCACCUUAUCAUCAACUCCUGAGCCUGUGAAUGUCACCACUGUUUUUGAGAAACCUGCCACUAACACAGCAACAGGUUUAACCCCUGUGUCACCCACUCUUGAACCUGUGAAUCUCACCCCUGCACCCACAGCUCAGGGUGUACACCCAAGUCCUUCUGAACACCUAAAGAUUUUCGGCAUCCGUCUGAGCGUGUUGGUCCUCGUUGUCAUGGUGACCUUGUUCAUCUGUUUUAUGAUCAAAAGACACAUGCAGAUCAGAGCAGAAUCAUCAGACACAACAACGGCUGAAGAGGAAGUAAGAUACGUGAGAAGAACUUCAGAUGAGAGGUCUGAUGCAGAGAGUGAUGUGGAUGGAAUAUAAAGGGUGAAUAUUAAGAUAA